UCUCAGAACUUGGAAAAAGAUGCCUAAAAAUGAUGGAUUUAUAGCAAGUAUAUCACUGAAUGAUGCUGUAGGACCUAAUGUUAACUUUAUACGCUGGGCUGUCCAUGGGGACUGGGUACAACAGUUGAAGUAUUAUCAUGAAAUAGAACAGGUGAUUUCAUGUUCAAAUCAUGCCAACACUGCACUUGUUAUAGGUUGCACAACAGGAAGUACACAUGUGGAACAACAGUUGAAAGAAUUAAAAGAUGCGGGGAAGGAAAAUAAGGAACAGAAAGAUAACCGUGAUACAAAUAUUAUAUCGUCCAAUCAGGAAAAGAAACAGACAAACAAAUACACAUACGGACAAAUGAAAAACAGGCUAGAGACUGACCAGUCAGUGUUCAAAGUUUAUAAAGGUGUUAAGUGCUUUGAUUUCUCAAAAGAUAAAAACAUUAUAGUGACAGGGGGAAUGGAUAGAAUUGUACGGCUGUGGAACCCAUAUGUUUCAGGGAAACCCACUGCAAUGUUGCGAGGACAUAGUGCCCCUAUAUUUUUCUUGUUCGUCGCAGAAGAAGAAAACCGAAUCUUCAGUAUUUCUACAGAUAAAUGUAUUAAGGUGUGGGAUAUUCAAGAUCAUACUUGUCUUCUAACUAUCAGACCCAAAAGUCACAAGAUCAGAGGGGACCUACAAGCUGUUCAUUAUUCAAAUAUUUCAAAAACUGUUGCUGUGGCAACAGACCAGAUGGCUGGCCUCAACUUGCGCCUCAAAGUUGAAAAAGACAUAGUGCAUGUAGGCGGAAGACCUGGCCUCAAUGCAGAUGUUGUGAUCAGUCAUAAAGAACCAGUGACAGGGUGUAUGUACAACCCCAGCUUUAAACAGGUCAUCACUUGCUCAGAAAGUUCUGUAAUUAAGAUCUGGGACUUUGAGACUGGCACACCUAUAUUUGAGUAUGGAGAAGCACACGGGGACUCUGCCAUCACAUGCAUGACCUUUGAUAAAUGUGGGAGGAGAUUGAUUACUGGUGGAAGAGAUGGUCUGAUCAGAAUAUGGAAUUAUAACAAUGGUCAUUGUCUCAAGGUGCUACAGAAAGCUGUUAAGGAUAAAAACAACAAUGAAGAGAAAGAGAAGGACACUGAAGAAGAAAAAACAGUUGAGGAAAUCAGGGCAAUACGUAGAAUACGAACUCAAGGGCGAAGUAAAUCAUUCGCUAAUUUCUUCCUAACCAGUGUUCCAGAAGUAGAAAAUGAAGUAAAAAUACCAAAAAGAGAAAUGCAGCCAGUUGUAGAGGAGGAAAAUGAAGAGAUUUGUGAUCUGGCGUAUGUUGAGAUGAACCGUAACCGAUACAUUGUGGGCGUAGGCUGGGAUCGCCGUAUCAACAUCUACAGUGAUGACCUAGCGGACAGCAAUAUACACCAUAUACAACACCCGCUACCAAACUGGCAUGAUGAUAUUAACCGAGGACAUAAGGAAGAUAUUUUGUCAGUUGCACAAUGUCCACCAAAUCUGCUUGCCACAGCUAGCUAUGAUGGACAGGUUAUUGUCUGGAAUAUGGUCUCAGGACAUAUCUUUGCCCAUUUAAAAUCUCCCAAACCUGAAGAGUAUGAGGAUCAAUCAUUGGAUGGAGAUUUAAGCAUCAACAAGCUUGUGUUCUUACAGAGUCGUGCUUACAAGAAAGAUGCCGCUACUUUAAUUUCCAGUGGUCCGCGUGCACAUAUACACUUCUGGAAUGUCUUUCAAGGGGGAAAACUCAUGGCUCAGUAUCCAGGGUCAAAUUCUAAAGGUGCAAUGGUGAGUGUGUUGGAGGUGAACAAGGCAAACACUGUACUGAUCUCUGGGGACAGCUGUGGAUUUAUCUAUCUGUGGAAUAUUGAUGGGUACUGCUUAAAACACUGUGAACACGAAAGCCCUGAAGUGUUAGUGACAUGGAGAGGCCAUGUGAAGAGUGUAACAUCAGUUGCCUUGGUGGAGGAACACAAGUUGUUGAUAAGUGCCUCAGUUGAUUGUACUGUCAGAAUGUGGAAUAUGGAAGGACAUUAUGUUGGUACAUUUGGUCAGCCAGAUGCCUGGGACAUUUACAACCAGUCACUAUGGCAACAUCCAAUGGUUCCCUAUGAUGUACUGAUUGACCCCAUGAGUUUACCAGAUCAUCCAGUUGUGGCAGAGAAACAAAACAUGCAUCAGAUUAUACAUGAGGACUCAGCUAAAAAAGCAGAAACAGAAAAGGGAGCAAGAACACCGACCCCACCUGUAAUAUAUAACAAACAACAGUACCAUAUAAAUGAUGAGGAAAUUGCUUCACUCAUCAGAGAAAAAACAUUCAAAAAGGGUACAGGAAAAAGGCAGAGACAUGAGAAGUUACGCCCUGUACGUGUGGAUCGUGGAGGCCCCAGUGAGUACCAAAUGCUGCGAUGUGAGGAUCUUGACGAAACUCCCAGGCCAAAAACACCAACCCUGAAACUGAACAAAGAUGAUCCAUUUGGUUUCUAUGACUGAUAUAGAUUAUGGACUAAAUCUAUUUUUAGAAUCUGCAUUUUUACAAUUUUGGAGCUCGCAAGUCACAAUAUGCAUUAUUCUGAUGUCAAAGGACUAUACAUUUAUUUUGUUACAGUUUAACAUGAGAUUAUUUUUACAUUAUGGCUGUCUGUUAUUAGACUAGAUAUGUUGAGGACACUGCUGAUGUUGAUUUUCAGUUUCUAUUUAAACACAGGAAUGAGUUGUUAAAUGUCACCAAUACUUGCAUUUCAUUCAGACAGUAUUUUUGUUUACUAUACAUAUAGUGUAAAAGUUUUGGGUAACUUUAUUUUUCUGAAGAUUAUCAAUUGAUUAAGGGUAAACGUCCAGAAAAGUUGAAAAGACGUAGUAUUUGUGAUGUACUCUGAUUCUACAUGUAUAAAUUCAAUUACGUUCUAGUUGAUUGCAUGCUGUGUUUUGCAGUUUUUACAGUUCCUUAACCUUUAGCCUGCUGGCAGCAAGUGAUUUUUUCUUUGCGACCAGUGCAUUCUGAUCAUGGUCUGCACUGUCGCUGUUCAGUCAGUAAAUUUUCAGUGAACACACCUUAGAAAAAGAGGUGGUACUGCCCAAUUUGAAUUAUGGACCAGUCCAGUUUAGAAAUUUAGCUGGGUAAAGGUUAAAAUAGUCGAUACUGCAGAAUCUAUCUUUUUUGCAAAGCCAAAAGUUGGCUAUUAUUAAAGUUAGUGCUAGUUUUCAGAGAUGUAUACUUAUCAUUUAUCAAAUGUAACCAAAAUAAACCCAUUGCAAAAAAAAUUAUGUUUUACUGUAUUCAAUAUUUCUUUAGGGUAAGUCACUGUUUGGAUAAAAUUUAUUAUAUUUGUUGAAUUUCUAAUUUGAAUUAUGUUCACUGAACUGAUGGCUAUAGUAAUUUUCAUAAUGAAUUAGGGUUUAUUUUUCACUGUGUGGUUGGUUUUGUUUCAUCAUUUUCUACUCUUUGACACUUGAUACACCUUAGAGAGGUGCAUUUUUUCACACUGCUGAAAUAGAUUAACUUUUUUAUGAAAACAUUCCUAAUGUUUCUGAAUAUUUUUCAGUCUUCUUGUUGUAUAAUUCAUUAAUUCCACUGUGUUUAUUUAAAACCAUCAUUUCUUCUAUUUGUCAUUUAGAUUGACUCACAUCCUGUUUCUAAUUUAUUACCUCCUUUUUCUUCACUGCCAGCAGUCAAGUGUCUUUAUAUCAUUGUUAAGGUGCCUGUAUUCAAAACAUAUACAUAUCCGAUUAUAUGUGUAAAUAAGAAACUGUAUGAUUCUAUAUCUCAUUGAAAAACUACAACAGUGAUCUUUUCAUAUGUUUCAAAUUUUCUUCAUAUUUAAAUGAUUUUGAAUACAGGCCUAUUUUUAUAUAACAAAACCGUCCAUUUUUACCAUUCCAUGUUUUAACAAGCAUUGACUGUGAUAAUUUACAUAUUAUAUAAUAUAGUUCUUUAACAACUGGAAUAUUUAAUCAUGCAGUACCUUAAAGACAGUAUUGCAAGCCAUUUUGUUGAUUUAAAUGAUAUAUGGUAAAUAUGUUAGACUGAAAGAGUGAACAUGUAGAUCUUAAUGAAAUUGGCACAUGUGCUUGUUUAACAAUCGCGUUUUCUUCUUUAAUGUGCUGUAUGUUUUUAGGGCAAAUAUUCAAUGAAUGUUCUGCACUUUUUGUUUAAGCACUAUUAUAUAGUUUCUUGAUUCAUUAAUUAUGAUAAUAUGAAUGAUUGACUGAGAAUGUGACUAUAGCAUCUUCUAUUUUUGACAAGUUAUACUUUUGUAUGAUUUUUUUUCUAUGAAAGUUUGUUCAGAGUUGUCUACAAAUAUGAAUAUGUAUUUGCAACCUAGCUUUUCACUAAUGCAAAUGUGUUUACACAGCUUAUUUAAGUUAUCUAUACAUUCAAUUUAAAUUAUAAUGUAUAUACCGCUACUCGGGUUUGCAGAUAGAGAUACUUUGCAAUUCCGAGUAGUAUUUCCCCCUGUGAUUAUAAUUACUAUGUUCAAAGAAGUUUAGACUACAGAUUAUGUGUGGUAAAGAGUCACUGUUUAUGUCUAUGAUCAUUGUUUGACCUUCAGUAUUGUCCGAUGCUGAAACAAUCAUGUUGAAAUAAAAAUUCACUGACUGUC